AUGAUGGCUCCUCGAAAACGCGAUUAUGUAUUCGAACGAAAACAAUUAAUCAAAUCAGUUGCUCCCACAGCGACACAUCCUCUCGGCGUUCAAACGAUUAAGCCACCUGAUGUUGGCAAACAAUCACUUCCAACUGUAAGCAAUGGAAUUGAUCCUUUAUCUGUUUUGUUAGUAGCAAACACAAAUACUGUAAUUGAUCCAUUAUCAGAAGCAUUAGCGGCCUUGACAUCCAAAGAAAAAGAUAAAACUACUAAAUUAGCAGCAGGAGUCGAUGACUCAUUUGAACCAUGGUCAAGUAAAAAGGCAUCUAUAUUAACGCGUUAUACAACAUCAGAGAAAAUAAGUAUAACAACAGCCAUUGUCUUGAAUGAUGAUGAUAAAGAAAAAAUGACAAUAACCAGUCAAAUGGCGACUGCUGACAGAAUUAAAAUGCGUCUUGAACAACUAGAUGAAUUUGAAGGUGGUCAAGAAACUCAAAGUUUAACCCAACAAGAGUAUAUAACACGUAUUAAUGAUUUCAAUAAAGAAAUGAUCCAAUCGUGGAAAGUUGAUCAGAGAGUUAAAGCAUUAAAAAUUGUCAUACAGAGCUCCAAGCUUCUAAUGGAUAUGAAUGUCAUGCAAUUUUAUCCUAGUAAAUUUGUACUGGUGACAGAUUUAUUAGAUACUUUUGGAAAACUUGUUUACAAUCGUUUAUUAGAAAAAUGUGCAUUUCCUGGUGGUAAAGCACCUGAACGUGUUGCACCCGAUUUAAUUCCGGAAAUAACAAAAGAAACAUGUCGUAAUUGGUUUUAUAAAAUAGCAAUUAUAAGAGAAUUACUGCCACGUAUAUUUGUGGAAGCAGCAAUUUUACAAUGUUAUAAUUUUUUAUCAAAAAAUCAUUAUCAAACAGCAUUAAUACAAUUGAUCAAAAUGUGCCGUGGUAUUGCUGAUCCACUUGUUGCUGCAUUCACAAGAUGCUACAUAUGUCGAGUUGGAAUGGCUAUUGAUCCAACAUUUCGUGAACAUAUCGAUAGUGCAUUUACUGAUUCACUACAUUGUUUUUAUCAAGUUGAAACGGUUUCAAUCAAAAGAAUUUAUACUGCUCAAAAAUUAUCAACAAGUCAAUAUUUAUCAUUGUAUUCACCAGCAAUUGAUUGGAUGCUUCAAUGUCUUACACAUAAAAUGACAAUAGAAAAAAUAGAGAAUGUUGUUCAACUAUGCCGACUACAACAAAAUAAAUUGGCAAGCGGUCUUCUGCUCAAUUCUAUAUUAUGUACAUUUGAACCAAAUUAUGUAAGAUCACAUGCUCCGCAGUUUAUUGAAAUGAUCAAUGAAUGUAAUGAUCAAAUGUUUUCGAAGAGUACAUUAAUUCGCUCACUUGGCUUAUGUUUAAUACUGGCACCUUCCCAUGAUUCAGCUGAUCUCAAAAUCUUAAAUGAUGUAUGGAAAGUGGUAACAAAAUUCAAGGAUCCAGCGGAAUACAUGGCAUGUGCUGAAGUAUGGAUUGAAUUAACUGCUAAAGAAUAUACGGUUCGUGAAGUAAACACAAUGCUAGGAGACAUCGUCAAACAUUUAUUACAAGAUCGUGCAUUUGAAGAUUACUAUCAAAAAUUACAUUCAAUAAUGACAAAAAUCUUAUCAAAUCCUAAUGAGACAACGAAUGAUCCAAUAUUGAUUAGUGGCGUCAUGUUUAUAGCUAAAUGUGUACAUGAUACACUCGGGGUAAUGACAAAUGAAGAUGAAUUACGAGAAAUAAGUGGAUUAAUUUCAUCGUUUAUAAGAAAAAUUGCAUAUGGACAAGAUUUUGAGCAAGAAUUAAAAUUUUAUGUUGAAGCAAGAGGGGCUUUUGUUCAUCUAGAUUCGGUAACUAUUACAUUAAUACAGAAAGUGAACACAUUGGCAGCACAUACAUUACGAAUAAUGAAUGGCACACAUAGUAGAACAACGGCAUCGUUUGUUAGGGCUUGUAUGGCAUUUUGCUAUAUUACGAUUCCAGCAUUAAGUAAUCCGUUACAAAAACUUCAACUUUAUACAUUAUGUGCUCAAACAGCUUAUUUAAAUCAGAGUCCUUCACAAGGCGAUGCUUUUUUGAAAACAGCCAUUACAAUAUUAUCUGAUUUUCCAAAAUCAAUUGAUCUUGACAAUAAUCGUAAUAAAUUAGUUUCCAGUGAAAAAUAUUUGUUAGAAGUUGUUAGUCAUAUUAUGUCAACAUUAAUUAUUGUCCCAGUGAACUCUGGUGUACUGUAUCUGUUCAAUGGUCUGCAAAAUGUUAUUAAUCAACUUCGUUGCUUAGAAGAUGGAAGUGAAACAAAAAUUUUACUUUCAAUGAACUUGUUAUGUUUAUUGUCAACGUAUUACCAAGUAUCAUUGCCAUACCACAUCCCGAAAGUUGAAUCAAACGACGUUCUCUAUGGAUGUGAUCCAAAUUUUUUAAAUGAAAUAAACCAACGUUUAAUACGUAUUAUUGAACAAAUAAUACAACAGUUAAAAGAACUAGGAAAUAGUAAUACAAAACGUCAGUCGUCAUUGGCAUUAGAAUUAUUGAAUCGUUUAGUUGCUCAUGCUGAUUUAACACAAAAUGCUUGUACAAAAUUUGCUUUGAAUCUUUGGAAUUUAGUACAGUUGAAUGGACAAGUUGAUACAUUGAAAUUUGCGAAUCGUGUACGACUACAUAUUGAAACACGUGCCGUACAUGAUGCAUCUUUUAAGCGUUUAGCAGAAUUAAUAGCAUUAAAUAACAAUAACGAAGAACGUACAUCAAGAUCGUCAACAACAAAUUCUUUGACAGAAUAA